CAUCUUACAACCAGUUUCUCUCUGUGUAUUUUUUUUAAAACAGUGUUUGAAAGCAACCAAGCUGAUUGGAGCUUUUGUCAGCCCAGCGGUCUCUCUGAAAUUAAUCCUGUCCGAUCUCGGAAAAUCACCCAUGGCGUCUUACCUCACGAUCCUGGCGGCGGUUAUCCAGGGAUCUCCCCGCCAAGUCUUGCAACCCCACUUGGUGUCCCUUGGCAACGCGCUGUGCAACCCUGAAGUCAGUCAACGGACGGAAGAGGUCUUUUAUCUGGAGCAGCUGCUUUGCUGUGUGGAAAGUCUCAUUGAGCUGUGCCAGGAAGACUGCAAAGAAAUAAGCCUCCAGCUCACCAAGGUUUUGGUGACCAUCAUGGCAAUACCAACCGCUGGGCAUUUACAUGUAAAGUUGGAGGACGCGAUGAGUGCGUUGGCUGAGGUCCAGCACAUUCGGGAUGUCACUGGCUUAUACAAGCAGCACAUCUCCCAGCUGAUGGAAUGGCUCUCCUCAACCCACGACGGCUGGAGCUGCUGCUCCCCCGAAAUCCUGCAGUUGGAUGUCAUUGCUACUCAGUCAGGGCCUGUGAUUGCUGAAGUCCUGAAGGAUUUCAUUUCCAUCCUUAAAACCUGCCUUCAGACUUCCAGGGACCCCCGGAUGCGCCUGAAGUUAUUUUCUAUUUUAUCCCAAUUGCUUCAGAACCCAGGCGAGACAGUCAACUCAAAAGGGCAGUUCGGUAACUACCUUGAGAUCGUGAUAAAAGACAUCCUGUCUCCUAAUCUCCAGUGGCAGGCGGGAAGAACAGCAGCUGCCAUCCGCACCACGGCUGUGGCUUGCCUCUGGGCGCUGAUUUACAGCGAACUGCUCUCUCCAGAAGAGGUAAAAUGUCCUGUGCCCCCACCUCAAACACCGCUCCUUCCCCACAAACAUCACAUCAGAUCAGCCUCAGUGAAAACCCAGCAAGGAAACACACUGUCACCUCGAAAUGCAG